CUCUGCCAGCUUCUCCACUGUUCAGACACCUCCCUGUCUCCAGCAUGACCUGUGGCUUCAGCUCCAUGAGCUCUGGAUUCAGCGGCCGUGCUUUCAGCUGCGCCUCAGCCUGCGGACCUCGGGCAGGCCGCUGCUGCAUCACGGCCGCCCCCUACCGGGGCAUCUCCUGCUACCGCGGCCUCACGGGGGGCUUUGGCAGCCGCAGCGUCUGCGGAGGCUUCCGCGCUGGCUCCUAUGGCCGCAGCUUCGGGUACCGCUCUGGCGGCGUGGUCCGUCCCAGCCCGCCCUGCAUCACCACCGUGUCCGUCAACGAGAGCCUCCUCGCGCCCCUCAACCUGGAGAUCGACCCCAGCGCCCAGUGUGUGAAGCAAGAGGAGAAGGAGCAGAUCAAGUUUCUCAACAACAGGUUCGCCGCCUUCAUUGACAAGGUGCGCUUCCUGGAGCAGCAGAACAAGCUGCUGGAGACCAAGCUGCAGUUCUACCAGAACCGCCAGUGCUGCGAGAGCAACCUGGAGCCGCUCUUCAAUGGCUACAUUGAGACGCUGAGGCGGGAGGCCGAGCACGUGGAGGCUGACAGUGGGAGGCUGGCCUCUGAGCUCAACCACGUGCAGGAGGUGCUGGAGGGCUACAAGAAGAAGUAUGAAGAAGAAGUGGCACUUCGAGCUACUGCGGAGAAUGAGUUUGUGGCUCUAAAGAAGGACGUGGACUGUGCCUACGUCCGCAAGUCAGACCUGGAGGCCAACGUGGAGGCCCUGGUCCAGGAGCUCGACUUCCUGCGGCGACUGUAUGAGGAGGAGAUCCGCGUUCUCCAAGCCCACAUCUCAGAUACAUCGGUCAUUGUCAAGUUGGACAACAGCCGGGACCUAAACAUGAAUAACAUCGUGGCGGAGAUCAAGGCUCAGUAUGAUGACAUCGCCAGCCGCAGCCGGGCCGAGGCUGAGAGCUGGUACCGCAGCAAGUGUGAGGAGAUCAAGGCCACGGUGGUCCAGCACGGGGAGACCCUGCGCCGCACCAAGGAGGAGAUCAACGAGCUGAACCGCAUGAUCCAGAGGCUGACGGCCGAGAUCGAGAAUGCCAAGUGCCAGAACUCCAAGCUGGAGGCUGCCGUGGCUGAAGCUGAGCAGCAGGGCCAGGUGGCCCUCAACGAUGCCAAGUGCAAGCUGGCGGAGCUGGAGGCCGCCCUGCAGAAGGCCAAGCAGGACAUGGCCUGCCUGAUCAAGGAGUACCAGGAGGUGCUGAACUCCAAGCUGGGCCUGGACAUCGAGAUUGCCACCUACCGGCGCCUGCUGGAGGGCGAGGAGCAGAGGCUGUGUGAAGGCAUUGGAGCUGUGAAUGUCUGUGUCAGCAGCUCCCGGGGCGGGGUCGUGUGCGGGGACCUCUGCGUGUCUGGCUCCCGGCCCGUGACGGGCAGCGUCUGCAGCGCCCCCUGCAGCGGGAACGUGGCAGUGAGCACCGGCUUGUGUGCGCCCUGCGGCCAGCUCAACACCACCUGCGGAGGGGGUUCCUGCGGCCUGGGGAGGUAUUAGGCCGCCCCCUUCCCCGGGGAGAGCCAGAGAGGCCCUUCGAUCCACCAGUCGUGCCACAGCCCCCACUGCCAGCUGAGAACAGCGGCUCCUUGGUAGAUUUCCACCCGCGUUCCUGAGAAUACAUCACGGCAUCCUUCGCAUCAGCCACUCCUCAGUGCUUCUGGUCCCACUGGAACGGGUGCUGCCAGGGAAAGGACCCCUCCCUUCCUGGGUCUCGGCCCCUGGCCCCACCCAGGAAGAAGGGUUCUCCUUCCACGGAAAGAGUGCCGCUGGACCCCCUCCCCUAACU